AUGGAGAAAGGGCUCGUGGGUUGGGAGAGCCAGGAUGAUCCCGAGAACCCAAGGAACUUCUCACGCGUUCAAAAGAUUAGAAGUAUGACGUUAAUAGCCGCAAUUACAUUUCUGAGUGCACCCGGCAUCAGCUAUAUGGAUGCCGAAUUCAACAAUUCAUCAAGCAUUCUAGCUUCACUCGCAGUCAGCAUUUUCGUUCUCGGUUUCGCGGGCGGUCCAUUGAUUAUAUCGCCGCUGAGUGAAAUAUAUGGACGACAAAUCAUUCUCAACAUUUGCAACUCCCUUCUAACACUAUGGCAAAUUGGAUGCGCAUUAGCACCCAAUAUCGGCUCACUAAUCGCCUUUCGAUUCCUAGCUGGUGUCGGUGGCUCCGCGUGUCUAUCGAUCGGCGGUGGGAUUAUCGCCGACCUUUUCACAACUCAGCAGCGUGGUCUAGCAGCAUCAGCUUAUACUUUCGGAGCGCUAUUUGGACCGAUCAUUGGACCCAUGAUCGGCGGAUUUAUUGCCGAGAGAGCUGGCUGGCGUUGGGCAUAUUGGGUGUCCCUAUGUGCUGCUGGAGUCGUCACCGUGGGUAACAUUUUUCUCAGCGCCGAGACAAGCCCGGUCAUUUUGUUGCGACGAAAGACCAACAGACUGCGCAAGGAAUUGAAUCGCCAAGAAUUAAGAUCCGUCCUCGACGCCAAAGCUGGGUCUGAUGCAUCGAGUAUUUCUGUGUUACGCCGCGGUUUGAUACGACCCCUGAGGAUGCUAUUCACCACUCCCAUCCUGCUCUUCCUGUCCAUAUAUGUGGCAUUCGUGUUUGGGUUGCUAUAUCUUCUUUUCACCACUUUGACUGCCCUCUACAUUAAUACCUACCACUGGCAACCAGAACUUUGCGGAUUGGCUUACUUGGGAUUGGGGCUAGGGUGCAUGACCGGAAUCAUAACCGUUGCUAAAACAUCUGAUGCUGCCAUCAUACGUCUUUCAAAAGCAAAUAACGGCGUCUACGAGCCGGAGAUGCGACUGGCAAGCUGCGUCAUAUUUGCUCUAUUUGUUCCUAUCAGCUUCUUCUGGUACGGCUGGUCUGCAGAUUAUGCUGUCCACUGGAUAGUCCCUAUUCUUGGCUUGAUACCAUUCGGAUUUGGAUUAAUGGGAAUUCUUAUUCCCGUCCAAACCUACUUUAUUGAUGUAGGAGGCCCUUUUGCUGCAUCGGCUCUGUCGGGGCUUACAGCAUUCAGAAGUCUUUUUGGAGGUUUGCUUCCUCUUGCUGGACCAAAGAUGUAUGAGGCACUGGGUCUUGGAUGGGGCAAUUCUCUAUUGGGGUUUCUCAGUCUUGGUCUCAUUCCUGUCCCGUUGAUUAUCUACAAGUAUGGAGGCGCCAUACGAAAGAGAUGGCCCAUCCAAUUGAGAUAA